CAUAAAUAAAAUGGCAGUACAAGUACAUGCAACAGACAUGAAAGAUGCCUCACUGACAGAAUUAGAAGUGCAGAUGAAGAAGGCGUCCCCUGAAAAAUGUAUCUCACUCUCCCACAGUUCACCAUCAGUUCAGAUGUUCUAUGCCUUGAGAACAUGUCUAGAGACCUGUAGUGAUGCCUGGCUACAUGAAUUCCUAGAACUAGAUGGAUUAGAGAGUUUGUUGGACUCGCUGAUUCAGAUGACAGCUAAAGGCUUCACCAGUUUCUCUGAUGCCAUUCAUCAGCUAGACUGUCUGGCUUGUGUUAGGGCUAUAUUGAAUACCAACACAGGACUUGACUUCAUGGUUAGACAUGAUAUGUACACACCAAAAUUAUCUUUAGCCCUGAAUAUUGGGAACACUUUACCAAGAAAGCAUGUGAUAGAGAUGUUAUCAGCUAUAUGUGUGUACAAUAACCUGGGAUACCAGAGUGUUCUUAAUGCACUCAAUUAUUUUAAGAAAGAAACCGAUCAGACAAACAGAUUCAGUGUCAUAGUCAAUGAUUUGAAGACAGCUGAGACAGUGCAGCAUAAAACAGCUCUGAUGACCCUGAUUAACUGUAUAAUAAACACAACACCAGACACUGUAGAAAGAAAUAGGAUAAGAAAUGAAUUUAUUGGUUUACAUCUAUUGGACAUUCUUACUUUCCUAAGGAAGGAAGAAGCAGAUGAUGAUCUACAUUUACAGCUUGAGGUAUUCCAUGAUAAGAAACAUGAAGAUGAAGAAAUCCUUAAUCAGGAAACUAACAUAGACUUCAAUAGUCCUGAAGAUCUGAUUGAUGAUAUACAGAGUAAGAUAUUUGGAACAUCUAAGAUGGUAUCAUUUGUAAACAUUUUACAAGAUCUGUUGUCAAUAGAAACUGUUUACAGCAAGAAUGCGUCUAAAAUAUGGAAGACAAUUGAUAACCUUGUCCAUCAGACUGUCCACUCGUGUGAUGUUCAUGUCAGUACUAAUACAUGUGAUGCACCAGACACUGUUCUAGAUACACUGCCUGAAUCUCUACACAAAAGUAUCCAAUACAUUAAAAACUUCCAAGCACGGACAGCCUUAUCUACACAGAAAUCUAAAUCUAUAUGUUUAACGGAUAAUGAUACUGGGGUAGAAUUAACACAUAACAAGGAUACUAUUUCUAAUGAAUUAACCAAAGUAGCAGAAAUGAUGGAAUAUAUGGACCAAUCACAAUAUGAUAAUCUGUUUCUGGAUGUCAAAGACAUAAGUACAGACACACCCACAAAUAAGUCAGCUCUCCAGAGGAGGUACAGAAUACAGAAGAGAAAUGUACCAAAACCAAAGAAAAAGAUGAAAAGUUGUCAGUGGGUGAAACUUCCUGAUGAAUCUGUAGAUAGAUUUGGAGAGUGUAUUUGGUUAUCAUCAGCUGUUUCCAGAAGAAUUUUACCAGAUUACAGUCAAUUAGAGAGAUUGUUUCAAUCAUCAGAGAAUAUAGUACAGGAGCAAAGUGAAAUAGUUCUAUUGAACUCAAAAAGUAGAAGAAAUAUAAAUCUGUUCCUGAGUCGUAUGGAGAUUGGACCAGAGGAGCUGAUACAAGGGUUAGAGCUAGAGAAUGAAGACAGCUGUGAUAUAUCAUUACCAACACUACAGUACCUGGUUAAAGUAUUACCUGAGAGAGAAGAGAUAGGUAUGUUAUUGAGUUAUGAAGGAAGACGUCUGGAGUUAGGCAUGGCUGAACAGUUUAUUCUCAUGUUAGCAGAUAUCCCUGACUUUGAAAUUCUGAUUGAAGGUCAUUUAAUGAUGGCAGAGUAUAACAAAAGUAUGGAAAGACUGAAGAGAUCACUUAAUAUGAUGGUGGAUGUCAGUAAACUUAUACUCGAAAAUCCACAUCUCAAGGAAUUCUUCCAUUUCCUAUUGAAUGCAGGCAACUUUCUGAAUCAUGACUAUGUACAAGGAGAAGCAGCAGGGUUUAAGCUAUCUAGCCUGGACAGAAUGGUAGACGUGAAAUCAUUGACAGCCAAUCAUUCGUUUCUCCACUACAUGAUCAAGAUGGCACAGGAUCUUGACAACACACUAUUAAAGUUCCUCCAAGACUUCCAGUCAUUGGAUAAGGUUGCUAGCACAUCACUGAAUGAUUUAAGGAGAGAUAUAAAUAGUUUCAGUAAACAGAUGUGUAGAUUUAUACAACAUCUUCAAUUGGCUGAUCACAAACUGAAGGACAAGUUCAACAAAUUUAUAGAGACUGUGAGAGCAGAACUGAUCAUCAUACAAGCCACAACACUACAGUUAAGGAGCCUAUCAGAAAAAGUUGCUGCUUAUUUCUGUGAAGAUUUCACAAACUUUGACCUUGAAAACACAUUCAAAAUCUUACAGAAAUUCUGUAAACAAAUCAGAAAAUGUCAAAUGGACAAUGCAAGCUUUCAGAAACAGUCACACUUAGCCAGGAGGAAGAAUGAGCAGCUUAAAUGUACCUUCAAAAACAGAUUAAUGGCUUUAGAAUUUGGAAAAGAUGCAGGAGCAAGUUCAUCCAUACUAGAAGAUAGAAAUAAAGUUCUAGAAAAAAUCUUAGAUGAUUUACACCGUGGAAACUUUCGUCCUGUUAUCAAAUCAGAAGUCCAUACCCCUGAUACAAUAGAGCUGGACCCCUUUGAGUUUAGUAACAUCAGUUUUGUAGAGAGUCCAUAUGUAUUGAGACAGCAUGCUGGUACCUAUGUCUCAGAGGAGGAUAUCUUGUCACCUACAGAGUUAGGCAUCAGACCGAGAUCAAGUUCAGCAGCUGAGAUACUUCUAGAUGAACCAAGACUAGAGAAAGAAGAGGCUGUUUUGAUAAAUGAACCGCAUACUAAGAUAGACAGAGAUAUGGCAAACAAGUUGCAGCAGUUAAAACAAGAAAUGGCACAUGCACAAAGACCAUGCCAUCUGGAAGUGGCAAAUAUAUCUGAUGGAGCACCACCAUUCCAGAGUGCUGCAGUGGCCAUGUUGAAUGAGACUAAUAAAUCAAAACUGAACGUGUCAGAUAAAGAAAUUACUGAAGCUAAUGAAGUAAUCAGUAAAUUAAGACUUGAACAGUUAAAACGUCAGACAAGUAAACAUAAACAAUGUCAUAAUCGUAGUCGUAGCGAUCUCACAGAUUCAAUCCUUGUCACAGAGAAAUGGAUGAAAUAUGAGGAGAUGAAAAACCAUGACUCCAUCAAAGAAGAACAGAUUGCGCCCCUUGCUGAACCAGAAAGUAUGUGUGCUCUGUCUACUCUUAAUUUGGAAAAUCAUGGAAAGUUUGUUGACAGGGAUGAUGUCAAGCACUAUGUAGAAACCCAGAGACAAGAUGAGAAACACUUAUCCUUACAGGAAGGACCAAUCGUAAAACUCCCUUUUACAGAAAAUGUACGAGACACAUGGUCAGACAAACCUAAACGACCAGAAAAGAGAUUGUCGGUCACAAAUUUCUUCAAUAAGAUAUCCAGAGCUGUUCUUAAACCAAAAAACACUGAACCAUCAAAGGAUGGAACAAAGUCUCAGAUGUUUGGGCGUUUUAUGCGCAGAAAGAGUCUCACAAAAGAAAACAAAGAAAAUAUUUUACAGUCUGAUCGACUGCAGCUGUACAGAAGUCAGGAAAGGAAAAGUAAUAGGGAAAACAAGAAACUGAAAGGAGAGAAAGGAAAAUUGGCAAAACAAAGCAAGGAAAAUUUACAUCGUAUAGAAAAACUUAGUAGAGAAGAUUUACGACAGGCAACCAAACUUAGUAGAGAAGAUUUACGUCAGACAGCUAAACUAAGUAAAGAGGAUUUACGUCAGCAUCUUAAUUCAAGCAGGGAAGAUGUUUGGCAAACAGGAAAGUUGAGCAAAGAAGAUUUCAGGAUGCUGAGAAAACUAAGCAAAGAGGAUGUUAGACAUACCAAAGUGUAGAGAAAUUAAUAUUCAUAUUCAAAUUUUGAAAAAAGUGCUUUAUAUUACAUUUAUCAUACUUG